AUAUAUAUACGCUUCGGGCAAGGGUCGUUCUAAUUUACACCAUAAAAAUUAAUUACCAUGUUCGGUCGCUGUUCGGAUUUUCAAAUCAUAACACUCAAUCGAAUUACAGACACUACUUACGAUCGUUCUAUGGCGGUAAACGGACUCUGUGAUGUUUGUGAAAUCAUUCUAGUGUCUAUGAUGUGAAUAUCGUGCAGGGAUUUACUUACGCGAAGGUGUAACACCAUAUCCGAGUACUCGAGCAGGGUGUGCGAGAAGAAUUAAUCGACACACCGAGAGUCGAGGUUUCGGACCGAUUUCGGCGUGUAGCUUAGCAGAGUUAUACUCUUUAAAUCGGGUUUCGUUAAUCGGUUAGUAAGUAAUCGGAAAUCCAAGUUUUCGGGAUUAGUAGAAGUCAAAUCUGGAUCAAUAAGUCGAAGCCAUCAUCGAAAAUGUCGAACUCUACUGUCACGGUGCGAGAAUACGCCUUUAACCAUUUUUGGCAAGGCUGAUACACUUAAAUUUGCGGUUAUUGGUACAACAAAAUCAUUGCGAAAAGUCAUUCCGUAUUCUAAGAUCAAGUUUAUUUAAACAGCGAGAAUUUUUCCGAACGUUUCCGUUGAGGUUACAUCCCUUUUGGAUGCCCUCCAAAUAUCGCUGCACUAUCGUAGAUAUAUUUGAAACAAAGCUUUGAGUAUCCAAUCCACCCGAUAUUACACUGCCAUUAAUAAUAUCGUACAAUCAGUGCCAUUUUACAAUACUGCCGAUAAUCUUGUAGUUCGCGUUAAACAAGCUGCUGCUGUUGCAGCAGUAUUAAAAAUAGACAAACGAACGGUAUUCACGUAUAUUUAUACGAUACAACACGUGAAGUAGCUUGAUCUUUCGAAAUCGAAGUAACAAAAUAUUUAAACCGACUAAAACUGACGGAAAAAUCAGUGAAUUCGUCGAGUGCUAAUAUCCAUCUUAAAAAGUGCUUCAAGUUUUCGAACAAUCAGUGCGAAUUUCGACCGCGAAAAAACGUUACGAUGUCGCGUUUUUUGGGACGCGCUGCAACCGCGGCAGCGUGUGUCGCAAUUGUGCUGUUGGUUGUUCUCCUCGUGAUUCUUUGGACCGGUGUUCGUUCCGGUACCAUUUCGGGACCGUCCAAGCACCGCGACCUUCGCAACGAAACGGUCACGCCUCAAGGCCGCGAGUUGUACGAGGAACGGGACGGUAGUCGACCACCGGAAAUCGUCACUGGAUCUUCUUCCAUCGCCUUCGAUCGACCGCAGCACCGCUUUGGCGUGAAACCAAAGACUUCUUCGGAGGCCGGAGACUUGACCAACAAAGAUGGCCAGCGAUCAGUUGAGGGCAUCGAAGGCUACGGUCAACAAUUUAGAAACCUAACUGCUGCAAUAGACAAUGUGGAGAUGGUCAUGCCGAAGAAGAUUCAUCGGAAUAUUUACGAAGACUCAGAGGAAACCAAUACAGCGACCAGACAUCAUACUGGACAUUUCAGACACUCAACAGCCGAAGUGUGGGAUCCACAUCCACAGUAUGAGUUCAAAGCAUUUGGAAAAGACUUUCACCUUCUGCUAUCACAGGAUACAAGUUUCAUUUCACCUGACAUCACGGUAACGCACGUGGGUGAAAACUCAACGAGACGAGAACAGCUUGGACACCAAAUCGGAUGUUUUUACAGUGGUACCGUACAGGGCGAUCCAAAAUCCGUUGUUUCUGUCAGCUUGUGCCACGGAAUAAGCGGACAUAUCCGCACAUCGACCGGAAGUUAUUUCAUCGAGCCGGCGGAUCGUCAGACGGCUGGACGAGGCCUGACGGACAAACCUGUCCUCCAUCAAAUCUACCUCGCUUCUGCAACGCGCUCCAAUUCUAACAGCGUAAAUCUACCGGACGACAGGACAGGAGAGAACGAUUGUGUCCUCAUUGAUAACAUCGACGACGAGGCGCCGGCACUUUUGAUCGACGAUACUUCCGGCCCGAAGAUUUACGUCGGCGAACAUCCCAGGCGGAAGAGACGUUCUAUAUACCGAAAGUCUCACGCCGAAGAAUCCAGAGAGGAUUACUACGCCGACAGUGACGAUUUCGAGAGGGAUGAUGUCGGCGAGUUCGUCAGACACGGCGAUCAACGGCAAUUCUUUGGGCAAUAUCAACGGCCCCGAAACAGGUAUUUUCCUAACGAACGUCGAAUAAAUCCUGUGCAAAAAUACCAAAACUACGAAAUCGAGGAUCCUUUUAGUGCUUGGCGACCACGGCGAGCUCUUCCUCAGGAGUAUUUCAUCGAAAUAAUGGUCGUUGCCGAUGCGAAGAUGGCCGAAUACCACGGGGAAGGACUACACAGUUACAUUCUCGUCCUCAUGAGCACCGUAUCACGUAUCUAUAAGGAUCCUUCAAUCGGGAAUGCGAUCAGCAUAGUUGUCGUGAAAAUAACGAACACCAGCGAAACUUUUGGUACUAGACACGUAAACAGUGGGGGAAUAUCUGCUAAUGAAAUGCUGAGCAAAUUCUGCUUGUGGCAAAAGCAUAACAACAAUCCCGACGAAACUUCCCCGGAACAUUACGAUGCUGCACUUCUUCUUACAAGGGAAAAUCUGUGUCACAACACGCAAGAACAAAGAUGCGAUACACUCGGAUUGGCGGAAUUGGGAAAAAUGUGCAACCCAAGAUCAUCUUGUGCAAUUGUGCAGGACAAUGGAUUGGCAGCAGCGUUUACCAUCGCUCAUGAAAUUGGCCACGUAUUAAGCAUGCCGCAUGAUGAUGAUAAGAACUGUCGAAAACAUCGGGGCAACACGAGAAUCCACAACGUAAUGUCGAGAAUGCUGGACGACAACACAUUUCCGUGGGAAUGGUCAAACUGUUCCCGUCACUUCGUCACCGACUACUUAGACUCUGGAUACGGAAAUUGCUUACUGGAUGAACCGAGUGCCACCACAAUUCCGCGUAAUCAACGGCUACCUGGGGAAGAUUAUUCCGAGAAUAAGCAAUGCGAAUUAGUUUUUGGCGUGGGCUCUAAGAUAUGCCCGUACAUGGCAGUGUGCAGGAGACUGUGGUGCACCGCGCCAGUCUGGGAUCAAGCACAAUUGUGCCAUACACAACACAUGCCAUGGGCUGAUGGGACUGCCUGUUCCUAUGGAAAGUGGUGCCAGCGCGGAGAGUGCGUGCAUCGGAAGCAUCUCAAGCCGGUCGAUGGAGAAUGGGGACCAUGGGGAGAGUACGGAGAGUGUUCACGAACUUGCGGUGGAGGUAUUAAGAAGAAAUAUCGCGAAUGCAAUAAUCCGCAUCCACAAAACGGUGGAAAUUACUGCAUUGGCACCAGAGUGAAGUAUCGUAGUUGCGGGACGAAAGAUUGUCCAUCCGACAGUAAAGAUUUCAGAGAAGAACAGUGCUCGAAAUUCAACAACAACAAUAUGAAUAUUCGCAACCUAGCAAGAGAUGUCAAAUGGCAUGCAAAAUACAAUAGAAUCCUACCCAACGAUCGUUGCAAAUUGUACUGCGAGGUAGAAAGUAAUCAGUAUUACAUGUUACGUGAUAAAGUGAUUGACGGAACGCCCUGCGGUCUUGAUACUUUCGACAUUUGCGUGAAUGGUCGCUGCAAAGCAGCCGGCUGUGAUCACAUAUUGAAUUCAUCUGCCGAAUUGGAUACUUGCGGGGUUUGCAGAGGAGAUAAUUCAACCUGCCAAAGGAUCACUGGAUCAUACAAUAUCAGCCGGUAUGGAUAUACCAGGGUCACCAAAAUACCGGCCGGGAGUAGUUACAUCGAUAUAAGACAGCACGGAUGGCGAGGGUCGAACAACGACAGCAAUUACCUUGCGCUAAAAAAUGGUGAAACCGGAGAGAACAUUCUGAACGGAAAAUACAUGGUCGCCCAUCGUAAAGUAAUCAUACAACCUGGGCUUACUAUCGAGUACAGCGGACCCGAAUCCGUGAUUGAACGUCUAAACAGCUCCCGGCCUAUUGCAUUCGAUCUAAUUUUAGAGAUUUUGUCGGUUGGAAUCUUGUACCCACCACAAAUAUCGUACGAAUAUACGGUUCCGAAGAAUAUUCUGACCAGCUACACGUGGGUGCUGAGCGAUUGGACGUCGUGUAAUCGCGUCUGCCAAGGCACGAUGCAUCGCAAGGCGGAAUGUCGCAGCACCGAAAACAAGGACGUUGUUCCGGACGAUUAUUGCAGAACGGAAAGGAAGCCACUCGAAGAAAAUCAACCAUGCAACAUGCAUUGUACCGUCAGGUGGAGUAUCGUCAGCGAAUCUGAGUGCUCCAGUCAUUGCGGCCCAGGCACACGGACCGUUAUUUCCCAGUGCAUAUAUCAAUUUUCGGCCGGCACAAGGCAGAUACCUGAACAUGCUUGUGCUCAUCUUGCGAGACCAUCUGGGCGAGAGGCUUGCAUAGGACCAUGCGACGAGGCUCAUUGGCUAUAUGGGCCAUGGGGACACUGCAGCAAGACGUGUGGAGGUGGAAUACAAUUCCGCACAGCUACUUGUGUCGAUUCAAACAAUUAUCCGGUACCUGAAAUCAAAUGCGACUCUGCGAAUAAGGUGUUACAGCAAAUAUGUGAACAGGAUGCAUGUCCAAAAUGGACUCUUUCAUUAGAAUGGACGCCGUGCUCAGUCACAUGCGGCAUUGGCACACAAAUACAACCUUACUGGUGUCAGAUAGAAAAUCGUAUUAUAUCAUCCACAUAUUGCACCGAUCCUCUGCCCGUAUCCUCAAAAAUAUGCGACAUGGGACCAUGUUUCAAAUGGCAUUCCGGCGAAUGGAGUUCGUGUUCCGUGAGCUGUGGGGAAGGAGUGGCGAGACGAGAAAUUACUUGCAAAGAUGUUAACGGCACUCCAAGUUCAGAAUGCGAUACUUUGCGUGCGCCACCAAGGACGAGAUUAUGCAAGCAUCAGCCUUGUCCCAUCCAGGUGAUAUCUUCUACGCCAAUAACGUACGCUGCUGACUUGGAUGAUUCUAACAAACAAGACGAGAAUGAAAUUGACCAGUUUCACCCUGGAUACACCUGGCGAACUGGAAGCUUCGGAAAUUGCUCAAAGCCGUGUAAUGUUGGCUAUCAAAGUAGGAUGGUUAGAUGUAGCUCGGCUAUAUCGGGCGAGGUUUCAAACGAUGACUAUUGCGAUUGGAAGCAAAAACCAGCGACUGUCAUUUCAUGCAAUCAACACGCCUGCCCGCGAUGGAAUACCGGUGAUUGGAGCCAGUGCGCUUCUAAGUGCGGUCCAGGAUUCCAACACCGUCAAGUACGCUGUCAAAGUGAUCGGGGCGAGAUUCUGCCGGACAAAGAAUGUUCCGAAAGUGAAAAGCCUCAUCAUGUUCAGAGGUGCUUUAAGGAAGCUUGUGCAGGCGAAACGCCACAGGGAAAAUCGCAUUCCUCGAAUAUUCCAGGAUCAGUAAGGUGGAGAGUUUCGAAGUUCACUCCCUGCUCAAAAUCGUGCGGAUAUGGUACUAAAACUCGCAGGGUGGACUGCGUAGCAAAAACUGGCACAGCCGAGCUUACGGUAGAAGACCAAAAGUGUGCAGGGCUAAAACGACGACCCAAGUCACAGAGGCCAUGUCAGCAAAGACCAUGUGCCUUGACUUGGCAGGAGGGACCCUGGACUGAGUGUUCGGCAGAGUGUGGGAAUGGAAUGCAAAUGCGAUCAGUCAGUUGUCAUCGAGUUAAUAAAUAUGGAUGGUUGGAUCCGACACCCGUAAAUGGCUGUCAAAUGAGUGAAAGGCCCGCAACUGAACAAACCUGCAAGCUCCGUGAAUGCGAUGAUGAAUAUUACUGGGUUCCUGGACCAUGGAAAAAGUGCUCCGCUACUUGUGGACAUAAAGGAAAACAAGUAAGAAAUUUACUUUGCAAACGAAAAGACGGCACAAGGGUGAGAAAUCGCUCCUGUCCCCGUGCACUCAAACCACUGCGUAGACGCAAGUGUAACAUACGUCGAUGCGGUCUACUUUCAUGUUUGGAAGCUAAAAAGAAAUUCAAAACAACACAAGAUGGCGAGUAUUUACUGAUGAUUGGAGGAAAGAACAUGUCAAUAUAUUGCCACAAUAUGACUGGGGAUCAGCCCUUGGAAUACCUGACCCUUACGUCGGGUGACCACGAAAAUUUUGCUGAAGUUUACGACAAAAGAUUGUUGGACCCAAGAACAUGCCCAUUCAAUGGUCAGCGAAAUGACAACUGUAAUUGUGCCAAUUACACCGGCUCAACAUCAGGCCGAACAAUGUUUAGAAGAAUACGACUCGACCCCCGAACGCUUAUCGUUGAUGUUGACGACUUCACAUUUUCCUGGACAAAGGGAUCGAAACGGGUCGAGUUUGGCAAAGCCGGCGAUUGCUACAGUUCAGUACAGUGUCCACAAGGGCAAUUUAGCAUAAAUUUGGUCGGUACUCAGCUAGGUCUUUCACCUACUCUAUCCUGGGUUACCCAAGGAUCAAUGACGUCGCGAAUCAUCAACAAAGUGAACAAACAGAAGGUUGUGGGGAAAUGUGGAGGAUACUGUGGGUUCUGUAAAUUAGAGACCGGCCUGAAGCUGGAUGUUUUACCUCCUUAGUCAAAGCAUCAAGCUUUCUGAAGACUGCAGAUGGCAUGAGUGCCAGGAUAUGCCAAUAGAAUUGGCAAUGUUGCUGCCUUUCAUCAUUGCCACACCGAGUGCCUUCAAACCUCUGGCUCUGCGCUGGGACCAUUAAAAAAACAUAGCUAUUCAACUGAGUGUGCAGCACAUCUAUUUCUGUAUUGGAAAUGUAGGGAAAAAAUGUCAAUGACGAAACAGCAAGUCUCUUUUUGAAUUUAACAGAAUUGUUACUGUUAUUCAUAAUUAUAUACGUUACAUAUAAUUGUAAACGAUCUAUCGAAAUCAAAAUAUUUAGCGAGACCAGCUAUUGUACAGAACCAUUUUAUUUGUGCAAAGUUUUUAAGCAACAGGUUGCACACUGAGUUAUUGGUAAACGCUUGGCAAGGGUUUGCUGUUUCAAGACUGAUAUUUUUAACAUUUUAAACUUCUAGAACUAUGCAUCUGUCCGACGAACAGUUUGAAUUCUUGUAAUAUUGGUCCCAGAACAAGACGGAGUAAGUUAACCAAGGUAAUUAUAGGGCCCAAUACUACUAUUAUCGAGGAACACAUAAGCUAAGAUAUUACGACUAAUUAUUAUUCUAAGUCAUGUUCCGUACUAAGCCCACCUGUAUUAGACAUAGACUGCUGCUUGGAACAUGAAGGCUAAUUGGUGCUAGAGAAAAUCAAUACCAAAUUUUAGGAAUUUAAAAUGUCAUUCGCAAAUUUUUGCUCAUGAAUAUCAUUAAUACCUGAAAAUCGAGGACGAGGAUUGUAUAACCCUUUACAAUUACAUUUCGCUGAAAUUAGACAAAGCCCAACUCGCCACUGGUAAUUGGUGAAAAAUUUUUUAAAUUUCAUCUAAAAGACAGGGAAAGUAAGUUCUAAUCAGUUGAGGAUUUGAGCCAGUAAUUAUGGCAUCAAAGGUAUAAACCAGACGAAAAAUUCUUCAUAUUUCUAACGUUAAAUUAACUAACUUUAGAACUUGACAAAUUUUCGAGCAUUUCUAUAAAUUAUUGCUAUUUCCCGGACAAAGUUGAGACUUGCUCAUAAUUUUCAGGAUUGAAAAACAUUACCCGAAAUUCUGCGCACUAAUAUAAUCACAAGAGAAUAUUGAAUUUCGGGAUUUUA